UAAGUAAAGGAUCUGAAAACUUCUUCCACCACUGCGUGUACAUGGUGGGUAAAUUAUAUGAGUUGCUAUUCCAGCAUUUUUAUUUCGACUCAACAGACUUUUUUGGCAAACACAAAAUUAAACGAUUCAGUAGCUUAUUUCUCCACCAGAAUGUUAUUCCUGAUAGUGGGGAGAAGACAUUGAAACAAUAUUUAGACCUUCAUGUUGGGAAAACUAUAACCUAAUUAAAAAAUUAAUUAUGAAUCCAAAUAAUGUAUCAUUUUAGAGACUUGUGGGUGGUCAGGGGGACUUUGACUCAUGACUUCUGUAUUUCUAAAAUACUGGCUUCUUUACCACUAAAAGCAAGAAGGUAACUCAGCGCGUGUGUGCACAGUGCGCGUGCGUCCAAUCAAAGGCUCCUGUCGCUGUCCGGCGCUCAGGUGCUGAAAGCAGCAGAGAGACAGCGCGUCCUGACACUCCUCACCAAAACAACAGCAGAGGCUCUUCACGGUGCUCUCAUAAAACUUUUUGUUUUACUUUUCUGUUUGAAUGCGUAAGAAAUGUUGCGUCCUCGUACCAAACUAGACUGUAAGUAGCCUGAAAGACUUUUUUUGAACAUGGAAAUACACUUUGGACAGGUGCCGCUCACCGUUACGCACAGGCACGGCGGGGUGAACCAGCUCGGCGGAGUCUUCAUUAACGGGCGCCCGUUACCGCACGCGGUGAGACAGCGCAUUGUGGAGCUCGCGCAACGGGGCGUGCGUCCCUGUGAGAUCUCCCGCCGCCUGCGCGUCAGUCACGGCUGUGUCAGCAAAAUACUGGCCAGGUACAAUGAGACGGGGAGCAUCACACCUGGGGCAAUUGGAGGCUCUAAGCCUAAAGUGGCUACACCCAGGGUGGUGCAAAUGAUACUGCACCUGAAGCACACAAACCCCACCAUGUUCGCCUGGGAGAUCCGGGACAGACUCCUGCUGGAGCGAGUGUGUGGCGACAACAGCGUGCCCAGCAUCAGCUCUAUCAACAGGAUCAUUAGAAGCAACGUCCGGUCAGAGUCUUGUGAAAUUGUGUCAUCGGCAUCAUCUGUUGCCAUGGGAACAGCCUGUUCUUCUGAGUCCACCUAUUCCAUCAGUGGAAUCCUGGGAAUCAGAAAAUGCUGCAAACAUAAGGAAGACGGGGACGUCUCCUGCAACGUCUACCACCAGCAGCCAUGUUCCUGUAAUGACGCCUGGGGGCGGUCUGACCCCUGUCUGACUUCUAUCUCCAGCCUGACCUUUUACCCCGGCCUGCCAGCUAAUCAAAAUCCAGACCUGUUAGGGUCUUCAUGUCAUUACAGCUGAACGAGGCUGCAAAAGACCUCAGCUGGAAAAAAUAUCAUCUUCUUGGUGCCAAAAAAUGGAUUGACUGAAAUUACAUUUAUUACAACACAACUGACAUCAAGAUAGAAACCUACAAUAUAUCACAAUUACAAGUAUGUUCAAA